AUGGGGGUUAAAAACGAUAGGGUGAAAUUCAGUGUCGGAGGCAGAGUAUUUGAAACGACUUCAACAACACUUGCAAAUGCUGGGAGAAAUUCCAUGUUGGGUGCAAUGUUAGAUGAGAAUUGGAAUCUGUUAGACAAUGGAAGUGAGAGAUUCAUCGAUCGUAACGCAGAUUGCUUCUCUGUUAUCUUGGAUCUGUUACGAACAGGUGAACUUUACAUCCCAAAUAACAUUCCUGAGAAGCUUUUAUACAGAGAGGCUCUGUUUUAUGGUGUUCUAGACCAUGUUCGUUCUGCGAAAUGGGGUCAAUUUGAUGGGAACAGGUUAAGGUUGUCUAGGUCUGUUCAAGGACAAGCACCGGGUGUUGGAACAGCAAUUCGAGCUGGUCCAGAUGGGGGCUGUUGUGUUGCUCAUGGUUGCAUGGUUCAUGUUUAUGAUUGGAUGUUAGAUCAACACAAUUCUGUUAACCUUGAUUACCAAAGAGUCAACGAUGUUGGUUGGGUUGACCCUAACAACAUAGUUAUAGGUGUGAGUGAAAGACUUGGUCGUGGUGAUGGUGGAAUGGGUUUGUUUAGUUCACAUAAUGGUGAACUUAGGUACAAGUUUCAUGUUAGUCAUGAAAAUCAUGUUAAAAGUUACACUUCUGGUGCUUUGAGUUUUAGUUCUGAUUACAAGAUUUUUUCUAGUUGUAAAGGUAGAAGUAAUGAAUAUGGUGUUGGUGUUUGGGAUCAAGUUACUGGUAAACAAGUUGAUUUUUUUUAUGAGCCUUUAGGUUGGUCGCAUGGCGAUGCUGAUAAACUUCAAUGGUUAGAAGGCAGUAACUGUUUGUUAGUUGCUACAAUGUUUCCUAGAAAAGAUAACUGA